UAGCGUGAAGGGGUUUUGUAUUUUAGUAACUACUGAUUAUAUUCCCGCGGUGAAUGCAUUGUCCUGCUGACUUAUAGGGUGGCCAUUGUUUGAGAAAUAAGGAAAUCGGCUGGAAACUCGUCGAUGCAGCGGUCACUCUCAGAAUGUGAUCACUGGUGCACACAAUUUCAUUUGUUCGUCAGGCAAUGUAAAUAGUCACCAUGGCUAGAGAAGGGCAACAAGCAAUACCAAAUGGAAUGGAAGGGGAAGAAGACACAUUUGAAAGAGACUUGAAAGAGAUGUUAGAUGAUGGGCCAAAUUUGAAUGAUGCUAGUUCCAAUGUUCAAGGUGGGACACCGACCAGAAUGACCGCAUCCUAUGCAGGAAGUACAGCCUUGAGUUCAUCAUUUGAGUCUCCAGCAACGAGAAGUGCGUCACCCCAAGCCCGAUUAACUCGCUCCUACACCAUGCCUCCUGCCACCAGCAAUGUGCCGCUGUCCUCACCACAGACAAAUGGUGACUUUGUACCCAAGUCAAUCACUCAGGCUGCAACCAAGCUGGAGUCACUGCGAGAAUGGAGUAUCAACACAUUCAAGUGCACCAAGCAGAUGCUGUCAGAGAGGUUUGGCAAGAGCUCUAAGACAGUGGAUCUCGAACUAGAGGCUCAGAUAGAAAUUCUGCGAGACACCCAGCGCAAGUACGCCAGUGUGCUUCGUCUUGCCAGGGCUCUGACAAACCACUUCUUCUAUGUGGUACAGACCCAGAGAGCCCUGGGAGAGUCUUUCUCUGAUCUUGCACAGAAGGCUCCAGAGUUGCAUGAGGAGUUUACAUACAACUGUGAGACACAGAGGUCCUUGGUCAAGAAUGGAGAAACCCUGUUAGGUGCCCUGAACUUCUUUACCUCCUCUGUCAACACGUUGUGUAACAAGACCAUGGAGGACACACUUCUCACUGUCAAGCUGUAUGAAACAGCAAGGCUGGAAUUUGAUGCGUAUCGUAAUGAUAUGGAGACUUUGAGUCUUGGUCCGAAAGAUUCUACAACCGCCCAGAGACUUGAUGAAUCCAAACGGAAGUUUGAAGAUCACAAGGUCAAGUUUGAGAGAUUACGAGGAGAUGUCUCCAUCAAGCUAAAGUUCCUUGAAGAAAACAAGGUGAAGGUGAUGCACAAACAGCUGCUGCUGUUCCAUAACGCUGUGUCUGCCUACUUCUCGGGAAACGAGGCUAUGCUGGACACGACACUGAAGCAGUUUAACAUCAAACUUAAACGUCCAAAUGCUGAGAAGCCAUCAUGGAUAGAACAGUAAACAUGCAGAAGAUACCUUGGCUAAUACUAGACUUUAUUGUAAGGUGCUUUACACACAUCAGACAUUUGUUUAAUGAACUGAAUCUCUAAUAAUGUACACGUACAUUGUGGAUGAAUGUUUGUAUCAAGCACUGUAGAUCCUUUACAGAUAUGAGUAUGAUAACAUGUAUUAUUUGCUGACUGAGGGAAAACGUUUAUGAUGUACUGAGUUCAUCAAAUUGUGAUGUAAGGAUUUACAGCCAUUAGAUGGCUAUUGAUAUGUUGUGCCUAUGCUGGUGUGUCCACUCUUUCCAUACUGGUGUGUGGGUUGUCUUGGUGUGUGCACUCUCUCUCCAUGCUGGUGUGUGCUUACUCUGUCCAUGCUGAUAUGUGCUUACUUUCUCUCUAUGCUCGUUUUUGCUUAUUCUGUCCAUGUUGGUGUGUGCUUACUCUGUCCAUGUUGGUGUGUGCUUACUCUGUCCAUGUUGGUGUGUGCUUACUCUCUCCAUGCUGGUGUGUGCUUACUCUCUCCAUGUUGGUGUGUGCUUACUCUCUCCAUGUUGGUGUGUGCUUACUCUGUCCAUGCUAGUAUGUACACUCUCUCUCCAUGCUGGUGUGUGCACUCCCUCCAUGCUGGUGUGUGCACUCUCUCCAUGCUGGUGUGUGCACUCUCUCCAUGCUGGUGUGUGCACUCCCUCCAUGCUGUUGUGUGCUUACUCUGUCCAUGUUGGUGUGUGCUUACUUUCUCCAUGCUGGUGUGUGCACUCUCUCCAUGCUGGUGUGUGCACUCUCUCCAUGCUGGUGUGUGCACUCUCUCCAUGCUGGUCUGUGCACUCUCUCCAUGCUGGUGUGUGCACUCUCUCCAUGCUGGUGUGUGCACUCUCUCCAUGCUGGUGUGUGCUUACUCUUUCCAUGCUGGUGUGUGCACUCUCUCCAUGCUGGUGUGUGCACUCUCUCCAUGCUGGUGUGUGCACUCUCUCCAUGCUGGUGUGUGCACUCUCUCCAUGCUGUUGUGUGCUUACUCUUUCCAUGCUGGUGUGUGCACUCUCUCCAUGCUGUUGUGUGCUUACUCUUUCCAUGCUGGUGUGUGCUUACUCUUUCCAUGCUGGUGUGUGCUUACUCUUUCCAUGCUGGUAUGUGCUUACUCUUUCCAUGCUGGUGAGUGCACUCUUUCCAUGCUGGUGUGUGCUUACUUUCUCCAUGCUGGUGUGUGCUCUCUCUAUACUGAGGUGAGCUCUCUCUAUACUGGUGUGUGCACUCUCCUGCCAAGGCUGGAUCAGUGUGUUUCUAGAACUGGUGUUUCCCUUUAUAAACCUAUCGAACUAAAAUACUGUUCAAAGCAGCAUUUAACCAAUUUCCUCUCAUUAUUUAAAAUAUCUUGUAGUUCCUUUCAAUCAUUGUUGUGUUGUGAGAAUACUUUCAUUAUUUUCCUGCACAGUGGCAUGUGCCAUUGUUUCCUCCUCCCAAGUCAGUAGUGAUUGAUGAGUUGUUUUGUUUUAGUGACUGGCGACAAAAUGCUACUGUGUCACUUGGAAUAAAAUAAUGUCAACAAUCUCUGAAGUCAUUUUCCUCCACAACAUCAAACAACCUAGUUGGGAGAAUUUUGAGAAAGUAAACUCAAAUGACUUUUUUUCAUGAAUAAUAAUGGCAUUAAGUAUAUGUUGAAUAUAGAAAGGGUUAUUCAUCGUGUUGGACACAUGUCAUUUAGCAAAUAAAAGAAAUAACUAUUUACAUUACUGGUCCUCUCAUUAUACGCAGCAUUUUGCACACAGCGCUUUGCAGAGAGAAACCUUAUGUUUGUUAUUCCUGAUCAAGCAAACACUCGCACACCUUGCUUCCUGUGGUACUAUUAUCAGUCUGUGACUGGGUUAACGGUGGCAGUGUCACAUACCGCUGUACACCAACACUACUCAUGGUAGUGUGGGAAGUGGAUUGAACCUUCUGUUUGUUUAUAGAUGUUCCUACUCUCCAUGCUCUUGGUGUACUGAUGAUUAUAGUUAUUACAAUGUAAUGUAUGAAAUGGGUAUCUGUUUGCUCCUUGUUUCAUUUGAGAAUGAAUAUGAAAGGAAGUAAAAUCUGUGGUAUUUCAAAGAGAAGUAUUUAUGACAUGUUUCACCAGGUAACAUUGUGACUUCAUUGGUUAUUGUUGGGUAGUGCUUGUCAUUGCACUAAGCCUUUUGUAGCUAUUUGUACUCAAAGAAAUUCACCAUACUUUAGCAUACAUUUCGUUUGAGCACUCUGUUUUUAACUGUUUGCAUUGAACUUCCAGGUUACUUUAACCCUACUUCGGUAAUACUGGUCCAAAUUGUGUAGGUGAUGACGUGCCCUGUCGCUGAUAAAAUAAUAUGCCAAUCCUCGGUUAGUAAUGGAGUUUACUACUACUACUACUACUACUACUACUACUACUACUCCUACUAUCUAAAGAGCAUGUUUCACAUUUCAUAAUAAUACAGAAGGGAACAAAUCCUUGGUGGAUCAGUUUUGGGUAUAAAAAAGACUAUGACAUCAACUAGAACAUGUAAACUCUAGUCAGUUAACUGUAUUUAUGCUUCUUUAUCACAUGGUGAAUUCACUGGGGGCCAGACUUUAUACUGAUACAGAAGUUUCAGUAUUGCCCAAGUUAUUCAUUGAGUUAAUGGUUUUAAUCUUGCAUGUCCUACUAAAGUAAUUCCCUUCACUGACCCUACCUGUGUGAAGCAAGUGACCCUCAGUCGCUUUAGCUUCUGUGUGACUUGCCAUGACUUGGUGGCAGCAAUGUAAAAAUAAAUUGUAAAUUUUGCUUUUGAUUGAAAUUGACACAAAGAUGUACAUUUCAAUCACUAUUAGCAUUAUCUGCGUUGUAUAUACCAUCUGUUGUCAUUGCCUGUAACUGUACAUAGCAUAUAAUGCAUUGCUCAUUUUUACACUCCUAAUGGUGUAAGUUUGUAAAUAUCUUUGUAUGGGAAUCCUAGUUUUAGUACCAUUUCCUUUCCUAUUGUUCAGCAUCACGUCAGUGUGUGUACUAAUGAAUGACUGAAUGGAUGACAGCUCCUCAGUGUAAUCAACAUGAUGAAAUUCAACAUCACCAGACCAUAAGGGGACAGCAGUUUGAAAAUGUUUACAUGUUUUAUGGUAGCUAAUAAUCACAGACAUAUGCACCUGAGUUGUAGGCUGUUGAUCUAGAUAAAAAUGUUUUAAAUUUAUCUUAUUCUAAAUUGCAACCUGGCCUUCACAUUAAACCCAAUCAUAUUAGUUUCAGUUAUAGCUGUAUGUUUUUUUCCCAGAUAUUAGUUGAGCAAACUUCUCUGUUUCUUAUGCAUGAUUGUAUUGUUUGACUUGUUUAAGAACAUGGUAUGUCCCAGUGUCUAAGGGGGAGGGUCAUGGUUAAUCUGUUGAUAUCAUGGCAGUGGAUUGCCUGGUACCCAAAGUAUAACAUGCUGUAGUUAGUUCACUUUGUGCUUUGACCUUUUAUCGGUUUUUCGCUAAGUAGUUUUGCGUACAUUUCAAACAUAUAUUUAAGUCCCAAAAUUUUAUGAACAUAUUAUGGUUUCCUGUGUUACCUUCCAACUGUUUGUGUUGUUUGCUUCCACACAAUGAUUUUUUUUAUUUGUGUUUUUGCAACCCUGAAUUCAGUGUUGUGCAUUAAAAGACUGCAUAAAGAGAUAGUUCAUCAUCACAUUAUAUGUAGUAAUUGUGCAGUGCAGGUGUUUGCUCAUUAUGAAAUCCAGUUUGAUAUGAUGUGAAACAUUGCUACAGUAGUCCUAUUACAUGCUUUGUUUAUAUUUGGGUAGUGCCCUCAUGUAUCAAUCUGAUUUCUGUAGUAACUGGUCUUAUUAACUACAUGUGUGUGAUGGACAAACUGAAUGGCCAGUUUUCACAAACCUCCGUUAAGACCUCUCAAAAGGAAAAAGAAAAGUUAUUAAAUAAAUAAUUAUGUUUCAAGAAAACAGAUUUGUUUUACAGUUUUGAUAUUUUAUCUGUUUGUGUUAACAUAAUGAAUACAGUAUCACAUUGUGUUUUCUUUCCAAGUUUGUAUGGUAGUUGUAAAAUUCUAGAUAAUCAGAAUUAAGUUAUGACUUAACUGGAUGCAGUGUACUGCCAGCAUAGAAAAGGUGGAAUUUAGGACAUUUAGAGUAUUUAUUUGGAAUAUUUUGUUUGCUUUUAGAUGUGCCUGGUUAUAGAUAUGUUUUAAUUUUUUGUUUGAUAGUAGCUGUAAAAUAUGAAACCCAAAUAAUGUAUAAUAAACAUGUAUUCCUAUGGUCACUGUGAAUUACUGUCAACAUUGUAUGAGUAACAUUCAGUUUGAAAACAGUGCAUCAUUGUCUUUGAGUGAUAUGUCGUCUCAGGCACACAUGGACAUAACCUUGUGUGUGAUAAGGAUCUUUCUGACCCAUAAGGGAAGCCAGAUAGAGGGUAUAAAAUGUUCUGUAAUGAUCUGAGGAAUUAGUUUGUUUUUAUAAAUAACUCUGCCUUUCAUUUGUUGCCAGUUCUACUUUUCGCAUAUUCUGGAUUCUGAUUCUGAUUCUAUGACUGCAACUUGAUCAAUAUUCCCUAUACAUCCAUCAACUUGUUCAAACUUUAAAAUGUUCUUACUGAGCCACUGUAACGUUAUGUCAACACUUGUGACCAACAUUAUGAAUUCUCUCACUCGCCAAUGUUGACUUAUAUAAUUGUUAUCUUACGUUGGUUAAAGUUGAUUAAUUAAUUGCAAUAACACGUUUCUUACAUUUUUCAUCCUUUUGUCUAAGUGCAAGCGAUACAAGUAUACUAAAUUUGAAUGGUAAUAGUGAGCUAUUUAACACAAUCACAUGAGUCAUGACAAGGCCACUUGUUUACUGUUUGUUGUGUUGGGAUACAUCUGUUUUUAGUAACAGCUGCUUAUGAUUUCGAAGGUGGUUGGGAAUGAGAUAUCCUGAGACAAUUCCAGUGAAUGGGAAAGAUAAACUAAUUCUUCGUAUCUCAUUAGUUAUGCUCAUAAACCAUCAUAGUCAGAAGAGUUAGCUGGGAUGACUUUAGUACCUUACAAUGCAACAGCUGCUUGUAUAUUGGCAUCUUCAGAGGGGUAUGGCUUGCUAUUAUAAGGUUGAGUCCAUAGUACUGUCUUGUAAAGCUUACCAGUAUAUUGUAAUGCAGAAUCUGGUAGAUUGUUGACGACUUUGCAUCUGUGUCUAUGAAUGGGAUUUAGUUAUCCUUACUGUAGUCACAUCUUGCUUUGCUACACAUAUAUAUAUGUAAACACUUGGACAUUAUUACCACUCUUCAACUUCAUGAAAUACAAAGGUAUUUGUUGUUGCCGACUCUGUUUAUAUUAUUUACUUUUGUUUUUGUUUUCAUCUGUGAUCAUAACCUGAUUUUUAAAGCAAAUAUUGAUUUCACCAUAGCAUAAUGGAUGAGCAGAAAUAAAUUUUCCAUCUUGUCUGAA